AUGGAGAAAAAAAAAAGCAGUGCCAAAGUUGACGAGAGUAUCAAUCACGGAUUAACACCACUUCACUAUGCUUGCAGAAAUAACUAUUACGAAGCUGCUCAACUGUUCCUGGUUCGAGGUGCCAAUGUAAACGCUGUGGAUAACGCUGGUUAUACACCGCUUCAUCUGUGUGCUGAACGUGGACAUUACAGAAUCAUGAAACUUCUAAUUGAAGUUAGCUAUUCUAAAAGAAAAAAAAAUUAUUUUAAAAAAUUUAUGGCUCAAGUAAGUCAUUCGUUGACAAGAAAAAAUGCUGAAAAAUCAUUAAGAGAACAGACCGAUGAACCGUUACGAUUAGCAAUCAAGAAUAAUCAUUAUGAAUGUGCACAAUUUCUGCUAGAAAGUGGCGCUAAUCCAAAUACACGCUAUUCUGAAGGCACUGAAUUAUGCCUAGUUGAACCUGAAGAAUUAUCUUUUAUUAAUUUAUUGUUAAGUUACGGUGCCGAUCCAAAUGUUUAUGACCGAGACGGUUUGACGCCACUAAUGAGGGCCUGUCGACGGGGUGAAAAAGGAAUUGGUGCAACCAAGUUGCUGAUUGAAAAUGGAGCUGAUGUAAAUGCUCUGGCAAUGCCAAAACAAGAUUUAAGGACACCCCUUCACUAUGCGGUCCUUUAUGGAUCUGCUUCGGUUGUUAAACUUUUAAUCAAAAGAUUUUCAAUUAUAUCGGUCAAGCUUACAAAUAAAGAAAACAUUAACAAACUUGCCAAUUUUUUUUUUCAACAGAAAGGAGCAAUGGUAAACCAACCUAGCAACUACGACAAGCCGUCUGUACUAGAUUUGGCUGUCCUGAAAGACGAUCCAACACUUGUUCGUAUCCUGUUGGAAGCAGGAGCUAAACCAAAUGCUGUACAUACUUAUAUCGGUAGUGCACUCCAUCUUGCUGCAUCUUCGCAACUGAAUCAUCAAUACAAAAUCAUGAAGCUACUUCUGAAACACGGUGCAGAUGUUAACCUUUCACAUUCCUUUCCGGAAGGUGGAAUACUCCGAUCUCCGCUCGCCGAAUACUUUAAAUCCCAGCGACGAAUUGACAAAAAAAUCGUAUACUUGUUGCUGGCAUAUGGUGGUCAAAUGAUCAUGCAGUCGCCGUUAGCCGAUGCUCGUGGUCAAUUAUGUAAUAUUCUUAAAGUUCAUGGGAUACAAUCUGAUAUAUUCAAUAUCAUGAUGGACAUAGGUGAACAGUAUGAUAAAGCAUCUAUAGAACGAAUGUGUUUCCCUGAAACCCUUAAAAAACUAAUGCUUAGUAAAGCAAGUAUACAAUACAAAUUUGGAUGUUUCAGUCAACCACCAUCUCUCCAGCAGUUAUGUCGGCUAAAAUUACGAUACUUCUUACAGCCAAUGACACCACAGAAAGUUACCACUCUCCCAAUACCAAAACAUCUAAAGCCCUACCUACUAGGAAUUGAACUAUAG